AUGCGCAGCCAGCAGCAGCUGCUGCUGCACAAAUCCUUACAGCUACAGCAGCAGCAGCAGCGGCAGCAGCGAAAAAUCAGCAGCAGCAAAGCAGCUGCAGCAACGCAAAGAACAUCGUCAGCUUCACUACCAGGAGCGGCAAUGACCAUAAGCACUAGCUGCAGCAGCAGUAGCAGCAGCAGCAGCAGCAGCAGCAGCAGCCCAAAGAGCACCACGAGCCCAGAACCACCAGCUAGAGGAGCAACGGCCUCACCAGCAGCAGCAACAGCAGCAGCAGCAGCAGUAACAGCAGCAACAGCAGCAGCACGUGGGGAUGGUUCGCUGUUCUUGCUGCAAGUGCCACCCCUGUCGAGCUUGCUGCGGCUUUUGUUACCGCAAGCGGCGCGAGAGGAAGGUCUAUGGUAA